CAUAAUUUAUCUUCAUUAGAGAAGUUUACGCGUAUAAGUUCAUAUUAUAUUAUUUUGCGUUUCGUUAAUCUCACCAUAAACCGCGAGUCUGGUAGAUAAAGUGCAAAAACCGACGCUUAUAGUUAAAAUUCUUUAAACCUGCCAACGCAUGUGGUUUCCACCCGAUGGGACGCUGAUUACUACUCAAACUGUCGAGUCCAAGAUGGAAAAAAGCGUUGUACCUCAGUUUUUUAACGGCCGGUCAGUAUUCGUCACUGGAAGUACGGGUCUUAUGGGAAAAGUGCUUGUCUGGAAACUGUUGUACAGUUGUCCUGGAAUAAAGAACAUUUUUGUGUUGAUAAGAUCGAAAAGAGGCAAGUCUGCUCUUUUGCGAUACCAAGAAAUCAUAAAAGCGCCGUUGUUUGAUUCCAUUAGGAAAACAAACAAAUCGCUGUUGUCCAAGUUGCAAGUGGUAUGCGGCGAUGUGGGUAUGGACGGGCUAGGCAUCACACAGGAGAUGAAGGAAAGGCUGAUAUCGGAAGUGUCGAUUGUUUUUCACGGAGCAGCUACGUUGAACUUGGACGCGUCACUGUCCGAGGCUAUAAACUUGAAUACAACCGGAACGCUACGCAUGCUCGAGUUAUGUUCCGAAAUGCAAAAUUUAGAGGCUUUUGUACAUUUCUCCACGGCGUUUUGUCACGUAGACCUGGACACGUUAGACGAGGAAGUGCACAAAUCGACUUUCGACGCAUACAACAUAAUGAGGUUACCGUCUUGGCUCAACGAAAACUCCAUCAAGAUGGUCACGCCUCAUUUGAUAAAUCCACAUCCGAACACUUACACGUUUUCUAAACGCCUGGCCGAAGAUGUUGUCGCCGAUUUUUAUCCCCAGCUUCCGGUCGUCAUCGCAAGGCCUUCAAUAGUGACGCCAGCGCUCAAGGAACCUCUGCCCGGCUGGGUGGACAAUCUGAACGGGCCCACAGGAAUAUUGGCAGCGGGCGGCAAGGGCGUGCUCCGGUCCGUACUUUGCAAUUCGGAAUAUACCGCCGAAGCCGUGCCAGUGGACUUUGCAAUAAACGCCGUGAUUGUAAUCGCGUGGAAAACGGCAAUCACCAAACAAAAGACCAACGUUGUUCCCGUGUAUAAUUUGACACAGCACAAUCUAAAUGCAAUGACUUGGGAAGCCGUUAUGGCCAAAGGCAGAGAAGAGACGAUGAAAAACCCUUUCGAGCUUAUGUUGUGGUAUCCCACAGGGUCGCUGACGUCCAGCCGAUUCAUUCACACUUAUAAAGUGAUAUGUUACCACUGGAUACCAGCCUACCUUAUCGACGGAAUUUUGUUUUUGCUCGGCCAAAAGCGUUUUAUGAUCAGAGUUCAGCAAAAGAUAUCGGACGGCCUUCGCGUUCUCCAAUAUUUCACGUUGCGCAAUUGGGACUUCACAAACGACCGAUUGUUGGCGCUCCGGGAUAGCCUGUCCGAAGUGGACCGAAAAACGUUCAGCAUAGAUUUCGAGAAAAUGGACAUGGAUGUUUAUUUCAGAAAUUGUAUUCUGGGCGCUCGUCAGUACUGCCUGAAGGAAGACCCUGCGUCCAUACCCAAGGCCAGAAAAACCCUGAAAGUACUUUACGUGUUGGACUUGGUGGUGAUAUACCUGAAGUACGCUCUUGUAGCCUGGCUGCUGUACAAGGUGUACGAAACGAUUUCUGCGAUCGUGUAAAUUUAGACGACGUUUUCUUGCGUGGUACAUUAUUAUUAUUAUUACCUUAUUACCUGUAUUGUUAUAAUUAUUCGAUAUAUCAUUCCCCGUAUUAUUAUCGUAUUUCUGCAGAUAUCCAAGUAAAGGUUGUUAUUUUCCUAUUUAUUUUUGGUCAAACAAAUCUGUCGGCUAUAUAAUAUUAUCGUAAUAUUAUAAUUUGCCACACUGUCAUAGUGUCAUUAUCCUUUCGUACCGUCUCCCUUGUUCGUAGACUUAAAGUCUUAAAACGUGUAAGUAAAAACUACAACUGCAAUUGCAGUGUCGCACGUCUGUUGACAUUUUCAAAACGACAGCCCUCUCGGCGCGUGCACGUGUAAGUGCCGUAGGGGUGAGUUUAUAUUAUUAUUAUUAUUAUGUUGUUGCAAUUGACACUUGCCAGAUUUCCAUGCGAGUUUUCGAUGGGUCACUUAAGUUAAUAUGGUACAAUCAACGUCGUCCGCACGCCGUUCGAACAUAAUUUUAAUAAAAUGUCCUCCCACAGCGGGAUGUCCGAUAUAAUAUUAAAUAUCAUGUUUUCAAUAAUCACUUCAUGAACGCCAUAGGAUAUUAGUAUAUUUCGAAUGAAUAUAAUUCAGGCACUCAUACUAGUUUAAGACAUAUAUAAUAUGUAACGCGUAGUUUUAGACAUAAAUUUGAAUAAAAAAUGUAGAGAUAUCUCAAGCAUUAUAUGGGCACAAAAUUCUUCACGGACGAUAUCUCAGCUCAAAACGGUUCGAAUUACGUAAUUUAUCGCUAAGGGGACAAAAUCCUCCAAAAAUAUUUCCAAUGCACACACGUUUUGUUAAUAAUAACUUUAAUUUCAAUCCAACGUAUUUAAAUAGUGGUUAUUGUAGUGUACCAUACAUAAUAUUAUGCAACCGUUAAAUCAUUUCAGUAAUUAUGACAAGUUAUGGAAGGAGUAAUGGGUGGUAUGUAAUGGUGUUGAAUUAUAUAUAAUAUAAUAUAACAUACUCUCCUUUGCAGAAGAUUUUUUUUACCUGAAAUGUUUUAGAGAUAUAUUUGUUAUUAUUGUUAUUGUUACAGUUACUAUAUUAUUAUUAUUAUCAGCUUUAUACUUGGUAGGUACUAUUAAGUAUUAUUAUUGUGUUUAAAUGUUUUUUUUUCACUUUAUGUCGAAAUUUUUUAAUCAUUUAUCGAUAUAUUAGGCAUUAUUAUUACGGUGGUUAACUGUAAUUUACCUUGAUAGUUUUUUUUAUUUUUCUGAUAUAAUACCCACUCGUUUUUACCUUUUUCAAAAAUGGUAGACUUUCAUUUUCCUGCAGUGCCUCGGUUGUUUCCUCCCCUCGGAAAUGACAAAAGCCUGUUUCGACUGCUUUGUAUCCCAUCCCUACAGCUGCCGCCACCACCACCAUCACCACCGCCACCCGUCUUCCACGCUGGUAGGAAAACGCGCCUCUUAAAAGUAUUUAAACGUAUUGUUCGUACAGAAGAAAGCAGACAUCACAAGUGCCUUUUAUAGUAUAGUACAACGCCGAGCUGCAUCUUUUGUUCGUCCGACCACUCGCUCCGGGCGGGCACUUACCACUCUGUCAAAUGUGAUAUUAUAGGAGAAAAUUGUCGACCAAAAAGUGAAAAAAAAUGUUUCUCCCCCCCGUAAGAGGAUCAAUAAAACGAAAAACAAAGAAUCGUCAAAUUUUUACAUAAAUCUGAUUCCGCGUACUGGUGUGUGGCGGCGGCGGCGUUACCAUCACGAGUCGUUUAUAUAAUAGAGUCUCUCGCAUGAUCGAUCACUGUGCAGCCCACAAAGCCACCCUGACGGUCAUAUUCGCGAUCUAUAUCUUUUGUUAGGUGUACUCUCUCUCUCUCUCUCUCACACACACACACACACACCCACUCAAACGCAGAUCUAUAUUUUUGUAAAUCAAAUCACGUCUGACGCUCGGCUUAAAGAAGAACGAUGAUAGUCUAUUACGGCUAAAUACCGCAUACGUGGUCAUUGUACCCUAUCUUUUACCGGAAUUGUUUCAUCGGUCCUUUAUUUGACCAUGUAUUAUAUUAUACGCAACACAUCACGCACGAAAUAUACACUUGGACGCGCACUCCAAUAAAUCGCACAUGAUUCGGUUUUAUACGCUUUUAUUAUUUCGCUCAACGAGAACAUAAUAUACGUUAUUAAUUUACUGUAUAGGUAUACUUAUUGCGGUCAUCGUCAAUAUUACAUUAUAUUAGGUACCUAUAUAAAUCAAUUCUGGCAGUGUUUAUAAUUUCUUGUAAUACUGUUUAUGAUUUAUGCAUAGUUUAUCUAGGUUAUAACCUUUUAUAAUACACAAUACUUUUACUUAAAUGGUUUUUAGACAUUUUGAGUUCAUGUCAAAGUAUAUUGUUAUGAUUAUGUGUGUUAUGUCUUAUGUGAUAUGCCCAAAGUAAUGAAAGUUGGUAUACCUA